AUGCGCCAUGGAGAUAGUUUCCACACUCCACCUGCGUCUCCACAAAGUGCUGUUCCUCCUCCAUUGCCUGCUGUUCCACAGCACCUUCAGCCCCCCCCACGUCCACCUUACCGUGCUGCCCCGGUAUCAGCUCCACCUCCAGUCCCAGUUUUCACACUGCCUCUGAAGAAAUCACAGCCCACCAGCCCUUCUCCUGUCCCCAGGCCUCAUUCACCGGUCGCCUCGAACAGCCCGACUACGGAGCUCGGCGUUAGACCGGGGACCACUGGGCUCAAAGGAGCAGCUCCUCUGGGGAAAAAUGGAGCCCCUCCCACGUCGACUCCUAGAUCUCCUUGCUCCCAAGGGAAAACUCCGGCUUUCAGCCCCACAAAGAGCCCCUCUGCUCCGUGUAGCCCCUCCCCGUUGGGGGGGGUCAGCCCCUCACCUUUGGGGGUCAGCCCCUCACCUUUGGGGGUCAGCCCCUCACCUUUGGGGGUCAGCCCCUCACCUUUGGGGGUCAGUUCCUCACCUUUGGGGGUCAGCCCCUCACCUUUGGGGGUCAGCUCCUCGGGGCAGAGCUGGAGAGAGAGAGACAGUGGGCUGAGCCCGUCUUUACAUGAAUCUGUCAAAGGUCACACUGAGGAACUGGAGAUGCUGCUAGACGAGUGUCGGGCGUUUCUGGGUGUCACGGCCAAUCACAAUGGAGUCACUGACACAACAGAGGUUCUGAGGAGUCUCCUGGCAGAAGCCAAAGAUUUGAAGAAUUCUCUACAGUCAGAGCGAGAAGAGUGGCUGCAGUUUCAGUCUGACCUUCAGGUGGCAGUAUCGGUGGCAGACCGGUUGCGAGGUGAGGCAGACGAAGAGCUGACGGCGCUUCGAAAGGCGCAUGAGGAUGUGGAGCGGGAGCUGGCCGCUGCCCAGCAGAGGCAGAAGGCGGCUGACACCCAACUGGUCACCCUGAGGGGGGAGUUGAAGGAGAGCAGGCAGAGACUGGCAUCGCUCAACCAGCACCGGGGCCAAGGACGCCCCCCAGAGGGGCACGGACGGAGGCGUUCCCAGGGGGGCACGGACGGAGGCGUUCACAAGUCUGAACAAGAGGCUGUUGAAAAAAGCAACGAGAGCGAUGUGACGAAGAAGAACGGAACAUCCUGCAGGGGUGUGGCCAUACGUUACCUGAGGAAUGUGACCAAUGAGGACAGAAACGAGGAGGAGGCGCGGCCCAACGAGGCACGACGGGUGGUGACGACAGAAAGAUCCAGGAGCCUGUCCAGACUACCUGCCGCUGCAGACCUCCUCACCGUGCCAAAUGGAACGCACCAGGCCAACAACGCCACCACGGCCGCACAGUCGAACGUGGAGCAACAACGAGGGCGAAGAACUCUGGACUGGCAAGACCGAAAACGUGAGGAGUGUCUAAACAAGUACAACUCUGCCCUGACUGAGCUGCCGCCCACCAAAUCCCAGGAUGGUUUCAACCUUCUGCUGCGUCGCCAUGGAGGCUCCAAGCGGAACUCUAUGCUCCGCUGGUGUCAGAGCCGAACCCAGGGCUACAAGAACAUUGACAUCACCAACUUCAGCAGCAGCUGGGCCGACGGCCUGGCCUUCUGCGCCGUCUUCCACACCUACCUCCCGUCUCACAUCCCUUACAGCAGCCUCACUCCUGACAACAAGAGGGACAACCUCAGCUUAGCAUUUAAAACCGGAGAGACGGUGGGGAUCACACCAACCCUGACGGUGGAGGAGAUGCUAAAGGCCGGGGGUCCUGACUGGCAGCGCGUCCUGGGCUACGUCGAGAGCAUGUACCGACACUUUGAGAUGUGACUGCUGGAGGUACGGACAGGACAGAUGGAGCGUCUUGAAUGUUUGUCACAAUAAAUGUUGAACCUCACCACUGCUGACUGGUGGUCGAACUGGGGAGACUGGCUGUACGCAUAAAAAAAAAAAAAAAAAAAAAAAAACAUGGAACUGCAGAUUUGACACGGUUGUUGUUCCACUCAUUGUGACUUUAUGGACGCUCACACUGACCAGAAUGAUUUUCACAGAUUUUCUUGGAACACUGGAGAAAACAUUCAGAUCGAUCAAUAAUUCACACUAACAAACCCUAAUUUUUUUUUUUUUACUUUUUGAAAUUUCUGAGUUUAAGUUCCCUCCGACUUGUUUGCUGUCCUGCAGCUGCGAAGGCUUCUGAUUGGUUUAUUACAGUCUCCAUGGACGGUCGACAGUCAGUAGAAUUUCCUGAGAGUCUGAUUCUGCCAGGAAAUUCAGAAUCGAACUCCCUUUUUUUGGCCCUAAUGUAAUUAUGCGCUUUGUUCACACAGCGGAGAUCUAACAGAACCACAGUUAUGCUGAUGGUAUCUCGGAAGACAUUCAUCGUUAAUAGUUUUCACUGAGAGCACGCCACUGUAGUGGGGUGAAGGAACAGAACAGAGGUCAAAGAAAUUGUUCACUUGUGGUGUUAUCAUGUCACUUUUUUUUCUCAACAUUUUUUUCUCUCAGCGAUGGGGAAACAAGUUGCCUUUUAUUUAAAGCUGUGUUUUUGCCAAAGUUGAACGUGCCAAAUUUUGCAGGAAAAAAAAGAAUACUGUUUGUUUAUAUGAAAAUAGUGUAUAAAAAAAAAGAAAUAAAAUAUUUGUAUCAUUUAUCUUUCGUAGUUAUUAUAACUUCAACAGUAGUAAAACUGUCCCAAACAAUUAGAUUGGUAAGUUGUGAUGAGAUAGUAUUGAGUUUGCUACCCUCUUGUGGUAAGACUAUGUUAUUACAGGCGUCCUCUAAUAAAAAAACUCCAACAACUUUGUUUAACGUA